GCCGAAAAGGGGGUACUUAUGUAUGGCGGAACGGGCCAAUCUGGUCUUUCAUAAUAAAGAGAUAGACGGAACUGGUAUGAAACGACUUAUUAGCAGAUUAAUAGAUCAUUUUGGAAUGGGAUAUACAUCCCAUAUACUGGAUCAACUAAAGACUCUGGGCUUCUAUCAAGCCACUACUACAUCGAUUUCGUUAGGAAUCGAGGAUCUUUUAACAAUACCCUCUAAGGGAUGGUUAGUCCAAGACGCGGAACAACAGAGUUUUCUUUUGGAGAAACACUAUUAUUAUGGGGCUGUACACGCGGUAGAAAAAUUACGCCAAUCUGUUGAGAUAUGGUAUGCGACAAGUGAAUAUUUGAAACAAGAAAUGAAUUCAAAUUUUCGGAUAACGGAUCCUUCUAAUCCAGUCUAUCUAAUGUCUUUUUCAGGAGCCAGAGGAAAUGCAUCUCAAGUACACCAAUUAGUAGGUAUGAGAGGAUUAAUGUCGGACCCUCAAGGACAAAUGAUUGAUUUACCUAUUCAAAGCAAUUUACGCGAGGGACUUUCUUUGACAGAAUAUAUAAUUUCCUGCUAUGGAGCCCGCAAAGGGGUUGUAGAUACUGCUGUACGAACAGCAGAUGCUGGAUAUCUUACACGUAGACUUGUUGAAGUAGUUCAACAUAUUAUUGUGCGUAGAAGAGAUUGUGGUACUAUCCGAGGUAUUUCUGUAAGUCCUCAAAAUGGGAUGACGGAAAAACUUUUUGUCCAAACACUAAUUGGUCGUGUAUUAGCAGACGAUAUAUAUAUCGGUUCACGAUGCAUUGCCGCGCGAAAUCAAGAUAUUGGAAUUGGAUUAGUCAAUCGAUUCAUAACUGCCUUUCGAGCACAACCAUUUCGAGCACAACCAAUAUAUAUUAGAACCCCCUUUACUUGCCGAAGCACUUCUUGGAUCUGUCAAUUAUGCUAUGGCCGGAGUCCUACUCAUAGUGAUCUGGUGGAAUUGGGAGAAGCCGUAGGUAUUAUUGCGGGUCAAUCAAUUGGGGAGCCAGGGACUCAACUAACAUUAAGAACUUUUCAUACUGGCGGAGUAUUCACAGGGGGUACUGCCGACCUUGUACGAUCCCCUUCGAAUGGAAAAAUCCAAUUCAAUGAGAAUUUGGUUCACCCCACACGUACCCGUCAUGGACAGCCUGCUUUUCUAUGUUAUAUAGACUUGCAUGUAACUAUUCAGAGUCAAGAUAUUCUAUAUAGUGUGAAUAUUCCCUCAAAAAGCUUGAUUCUAGUGCAAAAUGAUCAAUAUGUAAAAUCUGAACAAGUAAUUGCGGAGAUUCGUGCCGGAACGUCCACUUUACAUUUUAAAGAAAGGGUACAAAAGCAUAUUUAUUCUGAAUCAGACGGCGAAAUGCACUGGAGUACUGAUGUUUACCAUGCGCCCGAAUAUCAAUAUGGUAAUCUUCGUCGAUUACCAAAAACAAGCCAUUUAUGGAUAUUAUCCGUAAGUAUGUGCAGAUCCAGUAUAGCGUCUUUUUCACUCCACAAGGAUCAAGAUCAAAUGAAUACUUAUGGUAAAAAAGAUAGGGAAAUUCUUGAUUAUUCAACGUCGGAUCGAAUCAUGUCCAAUGGCCAUUGGAAUUUGAUCUAUCCUUCUAUUUUUCAAGAUAAUUCAGAUUUGUUGGCGAAAAAGCGAAGAAAUAGGUUCGUCAUUCCAUUACAAUAUCAUCAAGAACAAGAGAAAGAACUAAUAUCCUGUUUUGGGAUUUCGAUUGAAAUCCCCUUUAUGGGUGUUUUACGUAGAAAUACUAUUUUUGCUUAUUUUGACGAUCCCCGAUACAGAAAAGAUAAAAAGGGUUCAGGAAUUGUUAAAUUUAGAUAUAGGACCCUAGAAGAAGAAUAUAGGACUCGAGCGGAAGACUCAGAAGAGGAAUAUGAGACCCUAGAACACGAAUACAGGACCCGAGAGGACGAAUAUGAAACCCUAGAAGAAUCUAAAUAUGGAAUCCUAGAAGACGAAUACGAAUAUGAAACCCUAGAAAACGAAUAUGGGAGCCCAGAAAACAAAUAUGGGAACCCAGAGAACGAAUAUAGGACUUUAGAGAAAGACUCAGAAGAGGAAUAUGGGAACCCAGAGAGCAAAUAUAGGACCCAAGAGGACGAAUAUGGAACUUUAGAAGAAGACUCAGAAGACGAAUAUGGCAGCCCCGGGGAAAGCGGCGAGGAAAAAUAUGGUACUUUAGAGGAAGACUCAGAAGAAGACUCAGAGGACGAAUACGAGAGCCCAGAGGAAGAUUCCAUCUUAAAAAAAGAGGGUUUGAUUGAGCAUCGAGGAACAAAAGAAUUUAGUCUAAAAUACCAAAAAGAAGUAGAUCGGUUUUUUUUCAUUCUUCAAGAACUUCAUAUCUUGCCGAGAUCUUCAUCCCUAAAGAUACUUGACAAUAGUAUUAUUGGAGUGGAUACACAACUCACAAAAAAUACAAGAAGUGGACUAGGCGGACUGGUCCGAGUGAAGAGAAAAAAAAGCCAUACGGAACUCAAAAUAUUUUCCGGAGAUAUUCAUUUUCCUGAAGAGGCAGAUAAGAUAUUAGGUGGGUGUUUGAUACCGCCAGAAAGACAAAAAAAAGAUUCUAAGGAAUCAAAAAAAAAGAAAAAUUGGGUCUAUGUUCAACGGAAAAAAAUUCUCAAGAGCAAGGAAAAGUAUUUUGUUUCCGUUCGCCCUACAGUGGCAUAUGAAAUGGACGAAGGAAGAAAUUUAGCAACACUUUUCCCGCAGGAUCUCUUGCAAGAAGAAAAUAAUCUCCAAAUUCGACUUGUCAAUUUUAUUUAUCAUGAAAAUAGCAAGUUAACUCAAAGAAUUUAUCACACAAAUAGUCAAUUUGUUAGAACUUGCUUAGUAGUGAAUUGGGAACAAGAAGAAAAAGAAAAGGCUGGUGCUUCCCUUGUUGAGGUAAGAGCAAAUGAUCUUAUUCGCGAUUUCCUAAGAAUUGAGUUAGUCAAGUCCACUAUUUCGUAUACACGAAAAAGGUAUGAUAGGACAAGUGGAGGACCGACUCCCCAUAAUAGGUUAGAUCGCGCCAAUAGCAAUUCUUUUUAUUCCAAGGCGAAGAUUGAAUCACUUAGCCAACAUCAAGAAGCUAUUGGCACUUUGUUGAAUCGAAAUAAAGAAUACCAAUCUUUGAUGAUUUUGUCGGCAUCCAACUGUUCUCGAAUUGGUUUAUUCAAGAAUUCAAAACAUCCCAAUGCGAUAAAAGAAUGGAAUCCUAGAAUUCCUAUUCUAGAAAUUUUUGGGCCCUUAGGGGCUAUUGUAGCUAGUAUAUCGCAUUUUUCUUCAUCUUACUAUUUACUAACGCAUAAUAAAAUCCUGCUAAAAAAAUAUUUGUUCGUUGACAAUUUGAAACAAACCUUCCAAGUACUUCAAGAACUUAAAUACUCUUUAAUAGAUGAAAAUAAAAGGAUUUCCAAUUUCGAUAGUAACAUAAUGUUGGAUCCAUUCCUUUUGAAUUGUCACUUUGUCCAUCAUGAUUCUUGGGAAGAGACAUUGGCAAUAAUUCACCUUGGACAAUUUAUUUGUGAAAAUGUAUGUCUAUUUAAAUCGCACAUAAAAAAAUCUGGUCAAAUUUUCAGUGUAAAUAUGGAUUCCUUUGUUAUAAGAGCAGCUAAACCUUAUUUGGCCACUACAGGAGCAACUGUUAAUGGUCAUUAUGGAGAAAUCCUUUACAAGGGAGAUAGGUUAGUUACGUUUAUAUAUGAAAAAUCGAGAUCUAGUGACAUAACGCAAGGUCUUCCAAAAGUGGAACAAAUCUUUGAAGCGCGUUCAAUUGAUUCAUUAUCCCCCAAUCUCGAAAGGAGAAUUGAGGAUUGGAAUGAGCGUAUACCAAGAAUUCUUGGGGUCCCUUGGGGAUUCUUGAUUGGAGCUGAGCUAACCAUAGCCCAAAGUCGUAUUUCUUUGGUUAAUAAAAUCCAAAAGGUUUAUCGAUCCCAAGGGGUACAGAUCCAUAAUAGACAUAUAGAGAUUAUUAUACGCCAAGUAACAUCAAAAGUGCGGGUUUCCGAAGAUGGAAUGUCUAAUGUUUUUUCGCCUGGGGAAUUAAUCGGACUAUUGCGAGCGGAACGAGCAGGGCGAGCUUUGGAUGAAUCGAUCUAUUAUCGGGCAAUCUUAUUGGGAAUAACAAGGGCUUCCCUGAAUACCCAAAGUUUCAUAUCUGAAGCAAGUUUUCAAGAAACUGCUCGAGUUUUAGCAAAAGCUGCCCUACGAGGUCGCAUUGAUUGGUUGAAAGGCUUGAAAGAAAACGUAGUUCUGGGGGGGAUUAUACCUGUUGGUACCGGAUUCCAAAAAUUUGUGCAUCGUUCCCCACAAGACAAGAACCUUUAUUUCGAAAUAAAAAAAAAAAAUCUAUUCGCGUCGGAAAUGAGAGAUUUUUUGUUUCUCCAUACAGAAUUAGUUUCUUCAGAUUCUGACGUAACAAACAAUUUUUAUGAGACAUAAAAACCCCCAUUUAACAUUUAACCCUAAGGAUACAUAAAACAUAUUUUUUACUUUACUAGACUUUUGAACUUAGAACACUAACAGGUUAAAUUUUAGAUUUUUAAGAUUUUUAUUUUAAUAAGUAAAACAAGUCAGUUAAUUCAUUAAAUUAAGGUUUUGUUUAUACCAUGUAUCAAUGUAUCAAUGGCCAACUCUUAGUACAAGGUUCUCUCAGAACAAUUAUUAUUUUAUUUAUUUCAAGCUAUUUCGGAUCUUUCUUAAUCUUCAAAAAGAAAUAAAUUCCGUAAUGGAAUGUUAGGAUGAAAAAAAAAGGAAGUGUGGAAAAAAUGACAAGAAGAUAUUGGAACAUUAAUUUGAAAGAGAUGAUAGAAGCAGGAGUUCAUUUUGGUCAUGGUAUUAAGAAAUGGAAUCCUAAAAUGGCCCCUUACAUUUCGGCAAAGCGUAAAGGUACUCAUAUUAUAAAUCUCGCUAGAACGGCCCGUUUUUUAUCAGAAGCUUGUGAUUUAGUUUUUGAUGCAGCAAGUCAGGGAAAAAGUUUCUUAAUUGUUGGUACCAAAAAAAGAGCAACAGAUUUAGUAGCAUCAGCUGCAAUAAGGGCUCGUUGUCAUUAUGUUAAUAAAAAGUGGUUCAGUGGUAUGUUAACGAAUUGGUCGAUUACGAAAACUAGACUUUCUCAAUUUAGAGACUUAAGAGCGGAA